AUGGAGUUGUACAUGGUAAACGCUUUCGAAAUAUUCAUUGAAUGGAAGUGGCGGUCAAAGGCUGAGUCAGAUGUCAGCAUGACCUCUGUCUUGGGCAAGAGGGCAGGAAAAGAGAAAUCCCAUUUUCGACGUGUGGGAGCCACCUGGGUCCUCCGACCUGCGCCACUAUUUCGAGAAUUACAGCUCCCUCAAGAGGCUCCGUAGUUAAUUGCGCAGGCGCCUGGGGCCUUGCUGGGUCAUGUGGCGAAUAUCAUGGCCACCUCCAUGGCGGGGAGGAGCGUGAGAGCCGGGGCGUUGAUACGGGCGGCCGGAGGCAGUCUGUGGCGAGGUCUGAGGUCCUGCAGACCGUAUCCGAGGAGAGCUGUCGCCUCGUCGCCGGUCAGGCCCAGGGGCUUCCGGAGCACAGGCCCUUGUCCGACAGAGGAGGAAAAGCAGCAGUCGGACACGAAUCCUCUCUCCGGGGACUUAGUGAACGUGGUGUUCGUGGACCGCUCGGGGAAGCGGAUCGCCGCGCGUGGGCGAGUGGGCGAGGACGUGCUGCGCUUGGCCCAGCGGCACGGCGUCGACUUGGAGGGAGCCUGUGAGGCCUCCCUGGCCUGUUCUACCUGCCAUGUCUAUGUGAGUGAAGAGCAUUUGGCUGUUUUGCCACCACCUGAAGAAAGGGAGGACGACAUGCUGGACAUGGCCCCACAGCUGCAAGAGAACUCAAGGCUGGGCUGCCAGAUCAUCUUGACAAAGGAGCUUGAGGGUGCCCAGUUCACUUUGCCGAAAAUUACUCGAAACUUCUAUGUGGAUGGCCACGUCCCCAAGCCCCAUUGACAGGGAGGACGAGCCAAGAGGUCUGGAGGCACCUGCAGCUGCUGGACACAUGGGUCUUUUCCUCGGGGCUUGGCAGCUGACUGACUUGAGCAUGGGACUCUCUUAACGCACAUAUAGCCCAUCUCUUGCCCUACUCUUCUCAGGGCCUAGCCCUGUUGACCAAAGCUGGCCAGAUUGUGGACACCUUAUUCCGGACCAGAGGGGGCUCAGAAGAGAGGCCAUGGAGAAGUCUCCCUUUUUUUGGGAGGAAUCUACACUUGUGCUUUAGAGGAAAAGGUCCCUCUCUUGCUUUAGCCUUGGCAGGGGAGGGGGUGGGGCUCCUGGGCCCCCAAACUGGGGGUGUCUGUUAGAGCCAUAAUAAAACACUUUGUUCACCAGA